AUGGAUCCUACGAAACAGAGCCAGAUGGCUUCUGUGCAUGGUUCAGAGACCCGAGCCAGUGUAGGAAAGUCGACCAGUCAAGGCUUUGCUCCUCAAAAGACGCCAGUGCCAUGGGCGUUGAUGAAUUUCUACGGGAAUGACACUUCCUCGCCUUGGGUUCCUCAGGGAAUUUUUGUAGAGUCUCAACAAGGUCAACAGGUGAAUGUUCCAGGCGAUUCGCGGCGACGCAACCAGGCUGUCUUGAAUGGCCCAUGGAGAAGCCCCCUGCCUUCAGACUGCGGUACCAUUCCACAAGGCUAUUUGCCUUCAGACUCUGGUUAUGAGAGUAGGACCAAGCACAGUGUUGAGAACGCAUCUGUCUUUAACGAUGUGGAUCGAAGCCAGGAUACUCACAGUAUCUCGGGCCAACUGAUGGACAUUCAAUUUAGCGGAACGCCUACCGAGUCUCAAUGGAACUUGGCGACUCCGUCAAUGUCAGUGACUCAUCAUGGCGCAGUCGAUAACAAGCUGGUUUGUCAGAACUGCGGUGCUUCUUGCAAGACCAAGUCGGAGUUGAACAAACAUCAUCAACGUCAUCGCAAGGCCUUCAAGUGUGAAGUUGAAGGAUGUAGCCGUACAGAGGGUUUUGGCACCACGAAUGACCUCGAACGGCACAAGGGAAGCGUGCAUCCCGAGAUCUUCAACCCAAGUCUGCGAUACCGCUGCCAUAUUGGAUCAUGCCAAACUAAGGACAAAAAAUGGCCUAGAGCUGACAACUUCAGGCAACACCUGAAGCGCGUGCAUCAUCAAAAUGUCAACUCCGAGGAUGACCUCAGCGAUUUCGUCUUCCAACCUCCUGCCCAACGGUCAUCAGGGCCAACUUAUACCCAAGAUGCACAAAACGUCCUCGAAGGUGUGGGCGUGGGAUCAGAGUUCUAUCAGGCCAACUCCAUGACUUGGGAUGGCCCAUCGCCAAUUUUUGAGGAUGUUCAGCUCUCCCCUCAGGAAUCAGUCGGCGGCAUGGAGAUUGUACUCGUCGAUCCGUCCCUGGCGCGAAUGAACGGCGCAGUGUCCGGUGCCUGUCUCGAAUCGCCCAUUGCCGACAAGGUUAUUUCCAACGCCCAAUUGCACGACAAUGAUUGCCACCCGGUGUGCGACAGCUCUCAACCCCGUCAGCAAUACGUACAGCCCGGGGAAAUUUCGAAAGCGCCAUCUCCAAGGGCCAUGACUGGAACACGAAGGGGCCAAAAAUCUAGUGUCAUUCGCGAAGCCCAAUCCGCGAGUGCUCCUGCCGCCGUGAGCUUGAACAUCGAUCCCAAUGCCAACAAAUUAAACAGCACCCGCAAUGAUACAUUCGAGGCCUCCCCAACAGAUGUUAUGGAUUGUGAGGUCACUAGCACUACCCCGAUCCCUCGCGCGUCGGACGAUACAAGUACUGGCAGCCAACCUGCCAACGAAGAUCCAGCUCAGGGGGAGAAAAUUUUCCACCAUCCUAUUCUCUUGUCUCCAAGCAAGGGUCCGAGUGAGAAGACCAUGCUUGAAUGUCUUUCGAAGAUGCCUAGGAGUAUCAUCGAAAGAUUCAUGAAGACUCAGAAGGAAUCAAACCUCGAGGGAUCUACACCAACGGCAAACAGCAGUGCUGACAGCCAGCAUCAGUGCUCCAGCUGUGCGAAAGUCUUCAACCGCAAGUGUGAACUCAAUUGUAAGAAGAAGUUUGGCAGCAAAAACGAUUGGAAACGUCACGAGAACAGCCAGCAUUUCCAGCUUGAGGUGUGGAAAUGUCACGAAAAACGGUCUGAAGAUGACAGUGAGAAUUGUGGCAAGGUCUGCCAUCGCCGAGAAACUUUCCGAAGCCACCUUAAAAAUGAACACAAGAUGGACAACAUGUCCAAUAUUGAGCAGACCCUCGAGAAGUGCCGCGUCGGUCGGAACGGAGAACCGAAGUUCUGGUGCGGCUUCUGUGGCGAGAUAGUCGAAAUCACACGCAAGGGUGCCAACGCCUGGGCCGAAAGAUUCGAUCACAUCGAUAACCACUACGCUGGACGUGGCGGCUUGACCAAGAAGGACCACUCCGAGUGGGCAGCUGUCGAUCCCGACACGGCAGACGUGGACCCCACCGGGUCUCAAGAUGACUUGAGCGAUGCAGAAUCAGCUGAUGAUGUAAUUGUUUCCGGCUCGCGGAAGUCGACGAACAACGGCAAACUUGUCAAUGGCCAGUCGAGAAAGAGAAGCUUGGAUGACGGCGCCGAACCUGACCAUAAGCGGAUGAAGACAUACAUGUGGUCCUGCUGCUCGUGUGAGUGUUUUGCAGACUAUACAGUGCAUUCGACCUGUGUGGGCUGCUAUCACAGGCGUUGUCCUCAAUGCAGUGGAGAGUGGGUUCAGAUUCAGGAAGAUAGGGACGCCAAAAGCACCGGCGGCAACUUGAACCACGUAUAG